UCUUGUCGCCGCGCCUAAGACACGCACUGUCGAACUGGGACACGUGCUGGUGGGUUCGCGUGGUUCGCCGAGUUCGCGAAGUUAGCGAAGUUAGCGAAGUGCGCGAGAACACACCGCGGGGACUUGAUUAAACCGCGCAGCUGACCGAUCGGACUCUUUGCAACGGCGUGGCCGGAGGACUUAACUGCUGCCCCGUCAGAGCGAGUGCGCUUUUUCGCUUCGCGCGGUGUCAGCGUCGCAAGAGACAGAUGGAUGGCUACACGUCGACCCUGAAGCCGGGGUUGCGCGCGCAAAACGAUAGUUCUUCAGCAGUCGCGCGCGACCUCAAGUCAUGGGCCUCCGAGGACCUACAGUCCGCGACGUCUCCUCCUGGUGUCUUCGUCUUCUUCUUCUGCGCCUGCGUCGACGUCGACGCCCCGUCGUCUCCUGGUCUUCCCCGGGGAUGGUCUUCGUCUUCUUCAUCCUGGUGCUGGCGCUGCUGGUGACCGGUGGUGACAGCUCCCCUGGACGCCGGAGCAGGCUGGAACCGGCAGUCACCACCUCGCCAAAUGGGGCGGAGCUCGCCGAGGAGGAUCCGGCGACGACGUCUCUGCCGCCGCCGCCGCCGCCCGCCGCCCCCGGCUGCUCGUGGGCCUGCGUGCGCAACAAGGAGAUCGAGCGCGACCGCAUCGACAGCCUCAAGGCGUACAUCCUGGAGAAGCUGGGGCUGAGCGAGCCGCCCCGGAUCCCGCCCCACCUGCGGAGGAACAAGUUCGCGCUGGAGGUCUUGCUGGACCGGGCGGCCCAGGCGCAGCAGCAUCCGUCGUCCCCGGCGCGCUUCUCCUGGGCCGGGGGCUGGCCUCCCGGGGACCAGCCGACUGGGGCGGCCGGGGCGCGCGCGGGGAACCGCGACUACGACGAGGACGUGGUCAAGCCCCGCAAGGUGGUCGCCUUCGCCGAGACCGGAAGGAACGACUCUAGGCAGUGCCACUUCGGAGACAACGAGAUCCACUUCUUCCGGUUCUCCAAGGAGGUGAUGAACUACGAGGUGGCAGGCGCCCGGCUGUGGGUGUUCCUGCGCGCGCCCGGCGGCCGCUACGAGAACUACUCCGCGGCGAAGGCGCCUUCGUUCGACGCCGCCUCCGGACCUCAAGGCCCCCGGGGCAGGACGCCGCCCGAUUACCCCCGCCAAGGCGCGAACCACCCGCCACCGGGCGUCGGCGGUGACGCUCGACGCGGCAGCGGCGAAUCCCGCUACGACGAUGGCGCUCCGGACCGUGGUGGCACGGUUGGCAACUAUGGCAUGGGCGGUGCUAAAUACGGCAACAGCGCUUACCACGGCGAUGGUGACGCAUACCAUGGCGGUAGCGACGGUUACCGCGGUGGCGGUGACGCUCAACGCGGCAGCGGCGAAUCCCGCUACGACGAUGGCGCUCCGGACCGUGGUGGCACAGUUGGCAACUAUGGCAUGGGCGAUGCUAAAUACGGUGACAGAGCUUACCACGGCGAUGGUGACUCGUACCAUGGCGGCAGCGACGCUUACCACGGCGGCGGCAACGACGCCCAACGCGGCAGCGGCGAUUUUCGCCGUUUGGGUGGCGUAGCCGAACGUGGCGGCACCGGCAGCUACCAUAGUGGCGGCGAUGCCAAGUAUGGGGACAGUGCUUACCACGGCUAUGGUGAUUCGUACCAUGGCGGCAGCGACGCCCACCACGCCGGUGUCGACGCUCAGCGCGGCAGCGGCGAUUUUCCCCGCGUGAGCGGCGUUCUCGGGAAUGACAGCACUGGCGGCUACCGUGGCGGCGGCGGUUCUUACCACGGCGACGGUGCUUACCACGGCUAUGGCGACGCCUAUCAAGGCGGUGGCGGCAGUGUUCACCAUGGCGGCGGCGGGCCGGUCACGCUGUCCGUCGGGUGGGUGAAGCACUUGGAGGGCGGCGAUUCCAACGCGUCGUUCGUCGCCUCGGUGAAGACGGACGUGCCCACCGGCAAGGGCCGCUGGGUGCACGUCGACCUCACCAAGACGGUCGCCAGCUGGUUCCGCGGCUCGGACGGCGACCUGGGGCUGGUGCUGUCCGCUAGCGACGCCUCCGGCCGCCCGGUCAGGAGCUUCUUCGGCGGGGAGGACGGCGAGUCGCGGACGCCGUUCAUCGAGCUGACGCCCUCGGCGGCUGCCGGCCCAUCGCGCGCGCGCCGGGCGCUGGGCAUCGAGUGCAACGCCACCUCGGAGGAGAAGCGCUGCUGCCGCUACCCGCUCACCGUGGACUUCGACUACCUGGAGUGGGACUGGGUGGUCGCGCCCAAGACCUACGAGGCCAACUACUGCGCCGGAGACUGCACCUAUGCCUUCCUGCCGCGCUACCCGCACAGCUACAUCGUGCAGGUGACGAACCGCACCAUCUGCUGCGGGCCGCGCAAGAUGUCGCCCAUCUCGAUGGUGUACUUCAACAAGGAGCACCACAUCGUGUUCAGCACCCUGCCGGGCAUGUCGGUCGAGAAGUGCGGCUGCUCUUAGUCGGGGGGCGGAGUCCUCCGCUUCCCCCCAUUCCCCCUUAAGAGGCCACUCCAGUGUUUCAGGGGCACUACGCAACCCGCGUUAACCUCAUAAGAUCCAAUGCUAUUUUCAUUUUGCUCAUAACUUACUAACUAAUAUAGAUUUCGAAACGAUGCUUGCUUGAUAUGUAAGACAACGAUGCUCUUAUCAAAGCCAUUUUCUUCAAAAACGUGCAUAGAUUAUGGUUCAGACCUAGACAAUUACACUUAUGCAUAUUAGUAAAGAUUAGAAUAAAAUCAUAUUUUAUGCACGUUUUUGAAUAAAGUGGCUUUGAUAAGAGCAUCGUUGUCUUACAUAUCAAGCAAGCAUCAUUUCUAAAUCUAUAUUAGUUAAUUAGUUAUAAGCAAAACGAAAAUAGCAUUGAAUCUUAUGAGGUUAACGCGGGUUGCGUAGUGCCCCUGUAAUACUGGAGUGGCCUCUUAAGGCCGUUCUGCAACGGCACGGGAACGGAGACUUGACCCGUAACGAUCAGCCCGGCAAAGCCGAGCUCUUACGUUUACGUUGUCUCCGUGCGACCGACAGAGGUCGAGAGUAGCUACUUAUCUGCGGUGGUAGCCAUGUUUGUUCUUGUUCUAAAAGAAAGGGGGGGGGGGGGUUGUCUGUAAAGUCGGUUUACGGACGAUAAUUUUACGUUAUAACGUCAUAAGAAAACUUUGAUGAAAAAUUGAAUACUUUAUUAACUUUCAAAUAUUAUUUACCGUUUUUCUUGCAAAUUUAAUUAAAAUAAUUUGUUUAAGUAUAAUCACGAACAAUUAAAUGAAAAAAAAGUCCCGCCUUAACCUGUUUGCUAUUACAGAAGAUUUUCUCGCACGGUGGUUGGCCGGUUCUUGCACGCUCGGGCUCAGUGCGGAACGUGACACUUUAAAGUGCGCGCAGCCGGCGUUCAUCGAUUUAUAAGACUGUUAUCACGUCAAAAAAAAAAUUUAUAAAUUUUGUUAAUUUUUUUAACAUGUGCAUAAAUUCUGCCCGUUCCAUAAUCCGGAAGAAUUUAGUUAAAUUGAUGUUUCGUGACCCCUUGAAAAAUCAAUCUCAAUUGGUUUUUCGUUAGUUUACGGUUUGAGUGCUUUGUGUCAGCAACAGACGCGAUGUUGGAAUGUUCCCGCGCCGUUGUUGAACGUGCUUAAGAGCAUGCGCGCCUAGACGGGAGACCUAAGAUGCUCAUUAAAUUCUGCCAUUCCCGAUUACACCUGAACAAUUCUCCUUCGGCCAACUUCGGGAUUUGUUUUAUUUUUGCGCAGGAAAAAAAAUUCAAAUACCUAUUAAAAGUGGUCGGUUAGGUUAGCUACAUUAAAACACUAUGGACGGUUAGUUAGGUUAGUAUAGCUACAUUAAAAUAAACAUAGAAAUAUGAAUAUAUGUAUAUAAAUAAACCCGAGGUGGGCCAAAGGUGAAUUGUUCGGGUGUAAUCGGGAAUGGCAGAACUUUAUGUGCAUCUUAGGCUUCCCCGCCUAGACAGGCGGCCAUCUUUAACGGGACGACGGGUCGUGUGUUGGGGGAAUAACGCCCUUCCAUGUCUUCCUCCAACACUACCAACAGCGCUUCCCUUUCAACCCCGGUGUCUUCGGAACAUUUAAUUCAAGAUAAAAGGGAUGCAAAAAAAAUUGUAUAGCCUUUAAGGUCGGUAUUACAAGACACAAAAAUAAAGGUUUAGGUGAAGUACCUUGGCUUUUUAGUUUUAGCCGUGUUCUCGGCGAAUAAUUCACCGACGUUUCGGUCGACAUUGCCGUCGCCAUCAUCAGGAAGGUAACUGCUCCCUGGUGAUGGCGACUGCAAUGUCGACCAAAACGUCGGUGAAUUAUUUGCCA